AAUCUUGAUGGAGUUACAUCAUCUGUGAUUGAGAAUCCUGUGGCUGUCAGUCAUCCUUUCCACCCAGAGAAGACAGGAGAGGGAGCGGCCCGAGGAGCUCAGAGUCAGAGCUGCCAUGCCUGGCUGAGAGGAAUCCACUCUACAAACCACAGUAAGGUCAAUGUCUGGGUGGUGCAGUGUCUAAUAGGGCUGAAACCACAGGCUAUCAUUAGUAGAUGACAUUAUCCAAUUAGUGCACAAACAAGGCAUGCUACAUAAAGUCUUAUCUAAUUAGAGUAUAUAGCAGCAUUAAGCUUUAGUACUUUAAUAUCUCAUUGUCUUAAGUUAAAGCCAAAUCCAGCUAGACUCAGUGCUUUAGCUAUCCUUUUCACAAACUGUAGUACAGUAACAUCUACCCCUCACAGCUGCCAUGCAGACUUGAUAUGAGUCAGUUGAUUAUGACACUGCCUGUGAAAUGCUCAGCAUUCAUCUUUGUCACCUGUUCCCUACAUGUGGUAUGCUUUGUUCACAUCCUAGGUUGUGUGCACCUUGUAGACUGUGUAAUGGCUGUUACAUGAUGUGCCGCUAUCUCUUCCACUCUUUGUCAGUAUGACAGACAGCUAACAUGCCUUUCAUCAGUAUACCCAGGCCAGUUUAUCUCUAAUCAGUGUCUAAUUCAGCUGUGCUCCAGUGUCAGCCCAUAGACUGGUGAGAGUACUGGCUGCUGUGUGUGCAGUAGGACUUCUGGGAGGCUUAGCAAUCGGAGUGUGGUUCCUAGGUGAGACACCCUGCAAGUAUCAAAUCACGAAGUAUGAAGAGAAUGAUGACAUGUUCAAUGUUCUAGUGUUUGUGCAAUACAGAUUCCUUGCCGUGGUGGAUAACAAACUGAAGUAGCCCUACAUGUCAGAAUAUAGAACACUGUAUUUUAAUGUUUUACAUUGAGACUGUUAUAACUGAUUAACUAUGCAUGAUAAUCAUGUCUCACACAAUGACAGAGCUAGAUUAAGAACAUCUGUUUCACAUCCACUGCGACUAUAGUUCACUCUGCAUGUUGUUGUUUUCCCUCCCAUAGUGAGGUUGUUGUUGCGGCCUACCUCUUCCCAGAGCCCAGCAGGGCUGGGGGACACCAAGGAGACGUCCUUCUGUAACGUGACCGAGGACAUCUCUGUGGCUGAUCCCAGGAAAGGUCUGUGCCUCUCAGCCCCUCACUCACCACAGAGACAGUCAUCUUGUCGAUCUGAUUGGCUAUGUCCCAAAUAGCACCAUAUUCCUGUGUAGUGCCCCAUAGGCUCCAGUCAAAAAGAGUGCACUAUAUAGUUUAUACAGUGCCUUCAGAAAGUAUUCACACCCCUUUAAUUUUUCCACAUUUUGUUGUGUUACAACCUGAAUUUAAAAUGGAUUGAAUUGAGAUUUUUUUGUCACUGGCCUACACACAAUAGCCCAAAAUGUCAAAGUGGAAUUAUGUUUUUUAUUUUAUUUUAUUUUAUUAAUUACAAAUAAAAAGCUGAAAUGUCUUGAGUCAAUAAGUAUUCAAUUGUUAUGGCUAGCCUAAAUAAGUUCAGGAGUAAAAUGUGCUUAACAAGUCACAUAAUAAGUUGCUAUAAUAGUGUUUAACAUGAUUUUUGAAUGACUACGUCAUCUCUAUACCCCACACAUACAAUUAUCUGUAAGGUCCCUCAGUCGAGCAGUGAAUUUCAAACACGGUUACCACAAAGACAAAGACCAGGGAGGUUUUCCAAUGCCUCGCAAAGAAGGGCACCUAUUGGUGGAUGGAUAAAAAUAAAUAUCCCUUUGAGCAUGUUGUAGUUAUUAAUUAGGCUUUGGAAGGUGUAUCAAUACACCCAGUCACUACAAAGAUACAGGCGUCCUUCCUAACUCAGUUGCCAGAGAGGAAGGAAACCACUCAGGCCAAUGGUGACUUUAAAACAGUUACAGAGUUUAAUGGCUGUGACAGGAGAAAACUGAAGAUGGAUCAACAACAUUGUAGUACUCCACAAUACUAACCUAAUUGACAGAGUGAAAAUAUGGAAGCCUGUAAAGAAUACAAAUAUUCAAAAACAUGCAUCCUGUUUGCAACAAGGCACUAAAGUAAUAUUGCAAAAAAUGUUGGAAAGCAAUUAACUUUUUGUAUUGAAUACAAAGUGUUAUGUUCGGAGAAAAUCCAAUACCACACAUUACUGAGUGCCACUCUCCAUAUUUUCAAGCAUAGUGGUGGCUGCAUCAUGUUAUGGGUAUGCUUGUAAUGGUUAAGGACUGGGGAGUUUUUCUGGAUACAAAAUAAAUGGAAUGGAGCUAAGCACGGGCAAAAUCCUAGAGGAAAACCUGGUUCAGUAUGCUUUCCACCAGACACUGAGAGAUGAAUCCACCUUUCAGCAGGACAAUAACCUAAAACACAAGGCCACAUCUACUCUGGCGUUGCUUACAAAGAAGACAGUAAAUGUUCCUAAGUGGCCGAGUUACAGUUUUGACAAAAAUCUAUUGAAAAACUAUGGCAAGACCUGAAAAUGAUUGUUUAGCAAUGAUCAACAACCAAUUUGACAGAGCUUGAAGAAUUUUGAAAAUAAUAAUGGGCAAAUGUUGCACAAUCCAGCUGUGGAAAGCUCUUAGAGACUUGCCCAGAAAGACUCACAGCUGCCAAAGGUGCUUCUACAAAGUAUUGACUCAGGGGUGUGAAUACUUAUGUAAAUGAGAUAUUUAUUAAUUUUAUUUUCAAUACAUUUGCUAACAUUUCAAAAAACAUGUUUUCACUUUAUCAUUACGGGGUAGAUUAUUAUUAUUAUUAUUAUUAUUAUUAUUAUUAUUAUUAUUAUUAUUAUUAUUAUUAUUAUGUAGAUGGGUGAAAUAUUUUUUCUUUUUAAAAAUUCAUUUAGAAUUCAGGCUGCUAUAACACAACAAAAUGUGGAAUAAGUCAGGGAGUAUGAAUACUUUCUGAAGGCACUGUAGGGUACCAUUUGGGAUGUACUUGAUUGGUCAGGCAGAAAGACCUUCCUAGUAAUAUUUUUACAUUUACAUUUUAGUCAUUUAGCAGACGCUCUUAUCCAGAGCGACUUACAGGAGCAAUUAGGGUUAAGUGCCUUGCUCAAGGGCACAUUAACGUCAUUUAGCAGACGCUCUUAGCCAGAGCGACUCACAAAUUGGUGCGUUCACCCUAUAGCCAGUGGGAUAACCACUUUACAAUUGGGGGGGGGGGGGGUAGAAGGAUUCCUUUAUCCUAUCCCAGGUAUACCUUAAAGAGGUGGGGUUUCAAAUGUCUCCGGAAGGUGGUGAGUGACUCCGCUGUCCUGGCGUCGUGAGGGAGCUUGUUCCACCAUUGGGGUGCCAGAGCAGCGAACAGUUUUGACUGGGCUGAGCGGGAACUAUGCUUCCGCAGAGGAAGGGGAGCCAGCAGGCCAGAGGUGGAUGAGCGCAAUGCCCUCGUUUGGGUGUAGGGACUGAUCAGAGCCUGAAGGUACAGAGGUGCCGUUCCCCUCACUGCUCCAUAGGCAAGCACCAUGGUCUUGUAGCGGAUGCGAGCUUCAACUGGAAGCCAGUGGAGUGUGCGGAUGAGGGGGGUGACGUGAGAGAACUUGGGAAGGUUGAACACCAGACGGGCUGCGGCAUUCUGGAUGAGUUGUAGGGGUUUAAUGGCACAGGCAGGGAGGCCAGCCAACAGCGAGUUGCAGUAGUCCAGACGGGAGAUGACAAGUGCCUGGAUUAGGACCUGUAACGCUUCCUGUGUAAGGCAGGGUCGUACUCUCCGAAUGUUGUAGAGCAUGAACCUGCAGGAGCGGGUCACCGCCUUGAUGUUGGCGGAGAACGACAGGGUGUUGUCCAGGGUCACGCCUAGGCUCUUCGCACUCUGGGAGGAGGACACAGCGGAGUUGUCAACCGUGAUGGCGAGAUCAUGGAACGGGCAGUCCUUCCCCGGGAGGAAGAGCAGCUCCGUCUUGCCAGGGUUCAGCUUGAGGUGGUGAUCCGUCAUCCAUACUGAUAUGUCUGCCAGACAUGCAGAGAUGCGAUUCGCCACCUGGUUAUCAGAAGGGGGAAAGGAGAAGAUUAGUUGUGUAUCGUCAGCGUAGCAAUGAUAGGAGAGACCAUGUGAGGAUAUGACAGAGCCAAGUGACUUGGUGUAUAGGGAGAAAAGGAGAGGGCCUAGAACUGAGCCUUGGGGGACACCAGUGGUGAGAGCACGUGGUGCGGAGACAGCUUCUCGCCACGCCACUUGGUAGGAGCAACCGGUCAGGUAGGACGCAAUCCAGGAGUGAGCCGCGCCGGAGAUGCCCAGCUCGGAGAGGGUGGAGAGGAGGAUCUGAUGGUUCACAGUAUCAAAGGCAGCAGACAGGUCUAGAAGGACAAGAGCAGAGGAGAGAGAGUUAGCUUUAGCAGUGCGGAGAGUCUCCGUGACACAGAGAAGAGCAGUCUCAGUUGAAUGACCAGUCCUGAAACCUGAUUGGUUUGGAUCAAGAAGGUCAUUCUGAGAGAGAUAGCAAGAGAGUUGGCUAAAGACGGCACGCUCAAUAGUUUUGGAAAGAAAAGAAAGAAGGGAUACUGGUCUGUAGUUGUUGACAUCAGUGGGGUCGAGUGUUGGUUUUUUGAGAAGGGGAGCAACUCUCGCUCUCUUGAAGACGGAAGGGACAUGGCCAGCGGUCAAGGAUGAGUUGAUCAGCGAGGUGAGGUAGGGGAGAAGGUCACCGGAGAUGGUCUGGAGAAGGGAGGAGGGGAUGGGGUCAAGCGGGCAGGUUGUUGGGCGGCCUGCAGUCACAAGUCGCAGGAUUUUAUCUGGAGAGAGAGGGGAGAAAGAAGUCAAAGCAUAGGGUAGGGCAGUGUGAGCAGGACCAGCAGUGUCAUUAGACUUAACAAACGAGGAUCGGAUGUCGUCAACCUUCUUUUCAAAGUGGUUGACGAAGUCAUCCACAGAGAGAGAGGAGGGGGGGGGGGGGGGGGGGGGGGGGAUUCAGGAGGGAGGAAAAUGUGGCAAAGAGCUUCCUAGGGUUAGAGGCAGAUGCUUGGAAUUUAGAGUGGUAGAAGGUGGCCUUAGCAGCAGAAACAGAUGAAGAAAAUGUAGAGAGGAGGGAGUGAAAAGAUGCCAGGUCGGCAGGGAGUUUAGUUUUCUUCCAUUUCCGCUCCGUUGCCCGGAGCUCUGUUCUGUGAGCUCGCAGUGAGUCAUCAAGCCACGGAGCUGGAGGGGAGGACCGAGCCGGCCGGGAGGAUAGGGGACACAGAGAGUCAAAGGAUGCAGAAAGGGAGGAGAGGAGGGUUGAGGAGGCAGAAUCAGGAGAUUGGAGGGAGAAGGAUUGAGCAGAGGGAAGAGAUGAUAGGAUGGAAGAGGAGAGAGUAGUGGGAGAGAGAGAGCGAAGGUUGCGGCGGCGCAUUACCAUCUGUGUAGGGGCAGAGUGAGUAGUGUGGGAGGAGAGCGAGAGAGAAAAGGAAACAAAGUAGUGGUCGGAGACAUGGAGGGGAGUUGCAGUGAGAUUAGUAGAGGAGCAGCAUCUAGUGAAGAUGAGGUCAAGCGUAUUGCCUGCCUUGUGAGUAGGGGGGGACGGUGAGAGGGUGAGGUCAAAAGAGGAGAGGAGUGGAAAGAAGGAGGCAGAGAGAAAUGAGUCAAAUGUGGACAUAGGGAGGUUGAAAUCCCCCAAAACUGUGAGGGGUGAGCCAUCCUCAGGAAAGGAACUUAUCAAGGCGUCAAGCUCAUUGAUGAACUCUCCAAGGGAACCUGGAGGGCGAUAGAUGACAAGGAUAUUAAGCUUAAAUGGGCUAGUGACUGUGACAGCAUGGAAUUCAAAUGAGGAGAUAGACAGAUGGGUUAGGGGAAAAAUUGAGAAUGUCCACUUGGGAGAGAUGAGGAUUCCUGUACCACCACCCCUCUGACCAGAUGCUCUCGGGGUAUGCGAGAACACAUGGUCAGACGAGGAGAGAGCAGUAGGAGUAGCAGUGUUUUCAGUGGUGAUCCAUGUUUCCGUCAGCGCCAGGAAGUCGAGGGACUGGAGGUUGGCAUAGGCUGGGAUGAAGUCAGCUUUGUUGGCAGCAGAACGGCAGUUCCAGAGGCUGCCUGCGACCUGGAACUCCAGGUGAGGGGUGCGUGCAGGGACCACCAGGUUAGAGAGGCAGCAGCCGCGCGGUGUGGUGCGUUUGUGUAGCCUGUGCAGAGAGGAGAGAACAGGGAUAGGCAGAGGCAUAGUUGACAGGCUGUAGCAAAUGGCUACAAAAAUGCAGAGGAGAUCGGAAUGAAAUGAGCUAAGCAUCUGGGAGAGGAGAGAGCAGGGCCUCCCUCACCAAAAACUUCUACCUCAGAAACUAAAAUUGUUUCACUGAACCACCCGAACAAAAACUCUCCCAACUUCCACCUUUAGAAAUCAGAAUUGUUGUGAACCACAGCGGUUCAAUGUUUAAAGGAAUAGACUCAACCCACUUUAUUCAGCUAGCUAACUAUGACACCAUAGCUAACUAGCAUGCUAGCAUCCAAUGGGUUACUAGUCUACUAGUAAUGUUAUGCUUUAUCACAACAUUUGUGAUAAACCAAAUGUGUUUAUAUUACACCUAUAAUUGUCUUUAUAACAGUACAUAUGUUUAUUAAUAAAUUCCUUAACAACUUCUACAUGGUCACGGUCACUGGAGAGGAGUUGAGACUGUCUAUUGACCGACAUCAAAACAUGAAAUAAUGAUCUGUUUAUAUUGACUACAUUAGUUAUUGGAUAUAAGAUGCUCAGCAUUUCCCUCUCAAACAAGACCACAGUUCAUUACUGUUAAUCUAGUUGGUCUCUGGAGGGAUUAUUUUCUAUCAAUCAGGUUCAGUGCUUUACAGAAUCAGCCCGGAGAACUCGCUCUUGGAGAUCCAGCUAGAGAAGGUGCCCACCUGGCUGCCUGUGUGCUAUGAGAGAUGGAACUCUUCCCUGGGGACCCUGGUCUGCCGCCAGCUGGGAUAUCUAAGGCUAGUAAACUGAGACCACUUUCUUACUAUAAAGCCCACAGUAUCUUGGGAACAUACUAGGCUAUUCACCUAACUAUAAGGCUGAUUUCUCCCAGUUAAUUAUGGAUUAUUUAAUGCUCUGUUAAUACCUUGUUUAUAAGCUUGCCUUAUGACCCAUGGAUCAGACAUUACUUUUUAAAAUGGACACUCCCGUCUUGCCUGCUUUUAUAGAAGAUAUAACUAUGAUUUAUUUUCCUUCCAGACUGACCAAGCAAAAAGGGGUGAACUUAACGGACAUCGGACCAAACUACACAGAUGGCUUUAUACAGAUUACCUCCGAACACAAGAACAGCCUGGAAAAUAUAUGGCAGUUAAGGUACAGCAGCUGUCUGAGGAGAUAAUACAUUACCUAAUGAUGCUGAAAAAAUUGAUGUGCUAUAACAAAGUAAUGAAGCUUUUCUAAUGGACUGAUUUGUUUUUAUUUAGGGGGAGUUGCGUCACAGGGAAGGUUAUAGCUUUGAAAUGUUUUGGUAAGUUUCUGCAGGGUACUAACAACACUAACAUAAUAGUGGAUUAACUACAUUGUAAAUUUGUGCAUCUCACACACAGGUAGGACCCAAUUACUUUCAUAUGACCUCUCAGUCACGACUUCAUAGUGCUACACAUUGGUGGUAUACACUGAGUGUACAAAACAUUAGGAACACCUUCUCUUUCCAUGACAUAGACUGAUCAGGUGAAUCAGGUGAAAGCUAUAACCCCUUAUUAAUGUCACUUGUUAAAUACAGUUCAACCAGUGUAGAUUAAAGGGAGGAGACAGGUAAAAAAAUAAUAAUAAUAAGCCUUGAGACAAUUGAGACAUGGAUUAUGUAUCUGUGCCAUUCAGAGGGUGAAUGGGCAAGACCAAAUAUUUAAGUGCCUUUGAACAGGGUAUGGUAGUAGGUGCCAGGCGCACCGGUUUGAGCGUGUCAAGAACUGCAACACUGCUGGGUUUUUCACUCUCAACUGUUUCCCAUGUUUAUCAAGAAUGGUCCACCACCCUAAGGACAUCCAGCCAUCUUGACACAACUGAGGGAAGCAUUGGAGUCAACAUGGGCCCACAUCCCUGUGGAACGCUUUACACACCUUGUAGAGUCCAUGCCCCGACGAAUUGAGGCUGUUCUGAGGGCAAAAGGGGGUGCAAGUCAAUAUUUAAAAAGUGUUCCUAAUGUUUUGUACACUCAGUAUAUACUGUAGUGUGAUGAGUUAUCUCAAUACAAUGUAUGUAAAGUGAUCUGGGUAAAAAUGCCUUCAUGUUUGUUUCCUUUGCCUGUGUAGAGUGUGGGACGCGGGCUAAGCUGCCCAGGAUAAUUGGGGGAGUGGAGGCUACCUUGGGAAGGUGGCCCUGGCAAGUCAGUCUCUACUACAGCAACCGACACACCUGUGGAGGCACCAUCAUCACCAGCCAAUGGGUGGUCACCGCAGCCCACUGUGUGCACAAGUAAGACCCCCAAUGACCUCUCGGGGUAAGAGGUCAGAGGUUAGAGGUCCGAGGUCACUGACUCAUGACAGUGUAGUGAUGACUAGGGACAGUAGUAGCUCUCACUUUCUUUUGCACAAAGUCAGUUAUACUUUAUACAAUUGAGAAUUGGAGAGCCUUCAUCUCUUUUUUCACAUUCCAGCUAUAGGCUACCACAGGUGUCCAGUUGGGUGGUCUAUGCUGGUAUUGUCACACGCAUUUCAGCUAAAAUGGCUCUGUACACUGGAUAUGCAGUGGAAAAGAUCAUCUACAACAAGAACUACAAUCCCAGGAGCCACGACAAUGACAUUGCUCUGAUGAAACUGCGAACCCCAAUGAAUUUCUCAGGUGACAGGGAACUUGACUGCUUCCGUUUUGAAUGCACAACAUAGUCCCUUGGCUGACUGGAACACUCAACUAUAUUAUUACAGCAAUCAGUUCCAAACCAUGUUCCAAUAUUACUGAAAUUAACUUCAAAAUGACCUACACUGUUCUAAUGUUCUUAAUAUUCUCUUAUAUUGUAUUUUUUAGAUACCAUCAGGCCUAUCUGUCUGCCACAGUACGAGCAUGAUCUUCCAGGAGGAACCCAGUGCUGGAUCUCUGGCUGGGGCUACACUCAACCGGAUGAUGGUACGACUAUGAAUAAUGAAUAAUAUAACUUAAAUAUAAUAAUUUAAUGUAUCUCUAUCAAUGGUUAAAAUGUUUUUUCAUAGCACAAAGUCACUUAAAUCCUAAAAAUAAGAGGUAUAUUUACAUUAGUUUGACUUUCUUUGACAGUUCUCAUCCCUGACACGCUAAAAGAAGCUCCGGUUCCACUGAUAAGCACCAAGAAAUGCAACAGUUCCUGCAUGUACAAUGGAGAGAUCACCCCCCGCAUGCUCUGUGCUGGAUACACCGAGGGCAAGGUGGACGCAUGUCAGGUUAGUUCAUAAAAGAUACCCGAGUUAUUCCUCCUGUGGCUUGUAUUAUGAAGAGGUACCAAAGAUUAGAGAGUUGUUGUCUUACAAAAGUAGAACUGGUUUUUGAUAAUGAGAAUAUUUUCCCCCAGGUGUCCCCCAUUACUGUUCUGAAUUAUCAAAGACAAAGCUCAUUAGGCAUGUACCUGAGCGGGCACACCAGCUUUAUUCAAGGUCCUACCGAUCAAAUUCAGUGGAGCUCAGGUUUUGGUAUUCCACAAUAUCCCAACCCAUAAUCCCUAAAUCACUGUGAUUUAACAAUAUCUCAACCCCUAACAAUCAGUGUGGUGGUCUGGUAACCAGUGUGAUUGACAGCAGUGUGUAUCUGCUCCUGUCCUCUCCCCAGGGGGACAGUGGGGGUCCUCUGGUCUGUCAAAUUGACAACGUGUGGAGACUGGUGGGUGUGGUGAGCUGGGGUACAGGCUGCGCUGAGCCCAACCACCCCGGAGUCUACACCAAGGUGGCCGAGUUCCUCGGCUGGAUCUACGACAUUGCAUAG